UGGCUUGUGUGUUUACUAUUGUUGACGAGAGGAGGAAAACUAGAUGCUGCCUCUCUUGUGCUAUGCUUUUUGGUUUUGGACUUUCUGUAGUUAUCUACCGUCACUAUAGCAGUCAUUCCACUGGAUUUACCCUCUUGGUUUCAGCUGUGAGUCAUAGCUGGAGUAUUUUUUAACCCAAGGCCCUACUGCUGCGGUUGUCGUGAUCUUUGGCCAUUGUACCAUGCUUGGGUCGAAUAUGCUGAGCUGUCAUGUUCAGUAACCUUUCUGAGUAGAGGCAAAGGUUAUUACACUAUAACAACAUUCACAAUUUUUGUGGUGGGUGCACACUGUUCCUGUUCAGUUUAAAAAGGAGGUUUGUUCAGUUCACCUGAAGGUAGUCUACCCAUAUUAACUUUCACAAGCUUUGUACCCUUUGUAUAAUUUAAGGAUUUUGGAUUAAUGAAAAUCCUCUUCCCAUUUUAAGAUGUAUUCAGUACAUAAAGGUAUUUGGAAAGAAAAAAAGAAAAAGGUUACUCUAUUUGGUGGAACUUCAAGUGUUUGUGAGUGUUUGCAGGACAACAGAAGCAGAACCCCUGGUUGAACUGGGAGCUCAGCCGGAGAUGACGGGCACAGGGGAUUAAUGAAAGCUAAUAGGGUUUACAAUGAACAGCCGGUGAUGGAAGUACAGGAGACUAGCCUUGUCAUUGUGGUCUUGCUUACUGUAAAGUCUCACUGAGGUCUACGAAAGGGAAAGAGAGGGGACUCUUAUUAUGAAAUGGCUCCCCUGGUGGCGAGAGAGGGAAAGGGGAGAGACGAGAGAGACCUCCUUUGUUGAGAUCAGCAGCUAGCAGAGCAGACAUUUUCUUGCGCCGUGUGGCGGAAGGCAGCUGGUGUGGCCGCCAAUCAGAUGACAGGCUUGUGGAAUAGGGUGGGGGAGGGGUGCGAGAAGGACGUUGUCUUCCUGUAAUUGCAGCACCUUCUGAACAGCCUCUUCCUCCUCUUCUCUGCUGGGCCAUUAGGACUGAAUCCCUUUUAGAUCUAGAGGGCUGGCAAGCAUUGAGUAAUUAGAAUCAGAGGUGACUACAGUAUCCUCAGCGAAGCCACCCACAGGUCUGUCCUCAGGAACUGUGGGGAAGGGAGAAGUGAUGAAGACGGAGGGGAUGAAGGAGUCUCCCGGUGACCGAGACGGGGAAGGCAAUCCAUGUUUGGACCGUCUCAGUGAUGCUUACAGAGUGGACACGGAGAUCAAUGGGAUGCAUGGAAAUACGGAAACAGGGAAAAGCCACGGUUCCGAAGGGCAUUCGCGCCUCACGGAGAACGGAGUGAUGGAGAUAGACCCUCCUCACGGCUCCGUCAUGGGGAGUAACGGUUACGUUCUCAGCAAACCACAGGAAGACACGGCGGCCUCCCAGCACAGGACUAACUGGUCACCCACGGGUACCACGACUGCUGGGCACGCUGCCAAAACUCUUCCAUCAGCAUCACUGCGUGCCUGCACACUGGGCACCCAAAAGACUGAUACCAGUGUGCUUCCUGCUUUGGGAACGGGGAAGAUCGAAACAGAGACUAAAAACGGCACAAGCCGCAAUACCCCUCCUCCCCCUGUUAUACACAGAGCACGCAAAACCAUGUCAAGGCCAGCCUCCAACCAGACACUAAAGAUUUUAAAUAGGGAAGUAAAAGAGCCAAACAUAGUGAAAGACGAAAGUCCAGGUACUCCAGAGGCGACCAAGCCUCAACAGACACCGCCCUCCCAGAACCAGCUACCUCAGAGCCAAAACAACGCAAUGACCAUGACGACUGCUACACCAGCCAAGCCACAAACAGUAGUAAUUGUGUCGAAGAAGAAGAAAAGGAAGAUGGGAACGUACAGCUUUGUUCCGAAAAAGAAAACCAAAGUUCUAAAGCAGCAGACCAUGCUAGAGAUGUUUGCCCAUCUUUCUCAGUCCCCGCCUCAUCAACAGCAGAAAGAUGUUGUUCAUGUUAAUGGAGAAAGGGUGGAGAAUGACUCUGUGGAGGAAGAAACGGAGGAAGAGGAGGACUCUGAGGAAGAGGAGGAUCUAGUGGGCGAAGAGGCGCUCAACACCUCCAAGGAGGAGAGCCUGAAGAAGCCUCCACCUCAGGUGCCCCGUGAGGAGCAGGAAUCUGAGGAGUCUGGGGAAGAUGAGGGUGAAGGGGAAGAGGAGGGAAAUGACUCCGACUUGAGCACCGAGUCCAGCUUGAAGAAGUUGAAAAAGAAAGGCAAAGGAGACAACCCCUGGCUUCGACCUUCUAGGAAACGCAAACGUAAGAUGAAGAUGAAGACGGAGGAAAAACCUGGUGCAGAUCCCCCAGCACACAAUCAAGCCCCAGCCCAGUCCCAAGCUUCAGCUGAGGUUAGCAAGGAAUACACAGAGGUUCCCCUGGACUCCCUCAACUUGGAGGCUCAGGAGGCCCUGCUGAGAUCUCAGAGCAAAGGUGUGACCAGUGGUGCUAAGGAGAUGGAGACCGAUAUGGUACAGGAACUUCCGCUUUGUAGCUGCCGCAUGGAGACCCCGAAGAGCCGCGAGAUCCUCACUCUUGCUGAUAGGAAAUGCAUGGCCACGGAGAGUGUAGACGGACAGUUGACCCGGUGUCAGAACGCUGUCCUGAAACAUGAGAUGAUGCGGCCGUCCAACACGGUCCAGCUGCUGGUUCUGUGUGAGGACCAUCGGGCCGGCAUGGUGAAACACCAGUGCUGCCCAGGCUGUGGCUUCUUCUGUAGGGCGGGUACCUUCAUGGAGUGCCAGCCGGACAGCACCAUCUCCCAUCGGUUCCACCGAGCCUGUGCGUCCGUGCUUAGGGGCCAGAGCUUCUGUCCACACUGCGGAGAGGAGGCCAGCAAAGCCAAGGAAGUGACCAUCGCCAAGGCUGACACCACCUCCACGGUGCCCCCUUCCCAUGCCCCCGCCACCCCAAGCACUUCCGAAGGGAGGGCAGACACCACCACUGAAGGGUUAUCUCGCUUAUCCAUGUCCACUGAGGGCAGAGCAGACAGCACCCUGCCCAAACUCGCGGACGUGGCAGCCACGUCUCAGUCCCCGACAGCUCCUAAACCAGGGACCGCAGCAGGGGUGGGGUUGGCUGUAGUGCCUGCCCUUGGGCCACCUAAAGAAACUCUAGAGAGCAUCCUAUUGGCACUGGACACAGAAAGGCCCAAGAAGCUUCGGUUUCACCCAAAGCAACUGUAUAUUUCUGCCAAACAAGGGGAGCUGCAGAAAGUCUUGCUCAUGUUGGUUGAUGGCAUCGAUCCAAAUUUUAAGAUGGAGAACCAUACCAAGCGAACGCCCCUCCAUGUGGCAGCUGAGGCCGGCCAUGAGGAAGUCUGUCACAUGCUGGUCCAGGCGGGUGCUAACCUUGACAUGUGUGAUGACGACCAGCGGACCCCAAUGAUGGAGGCCUGUGAGAAUAAUCAUCUGGACACUGUGCGCUACCUCUUGAAGGCAGGGGCUAGCAUGGCACACAAGGAUGCUGAGGGUUCAACAUGUCUUCACCUCGCUGCUAAACUUGGGCAUUUUGAGAUUGUGAAGCACUUACUUGGCACUGGGUUAAUAGACAUCAACUGUCAGGACGACGGAGGCUGGACAGCCAUGAUUUGGUCCACGGAGUACAGGCACGUAGGACUGGUGAAGCUGCUGCUCUCCACUGGCGCAGACAUCAACAUCAGAGACAAGGAGGAGAAUAUCUGUCUCCACUGGGCAGCAUUCUCUGGCUGUGUGGAGAUCGCUGAGAUCCUGCUGGAGGGGCGCUGUGACCUUCACGCCGUCAACAUCCAUGGAGACUCUCCAGUGCACAUUGCUGCUCGGGAGAACCGCCUCGAAUGCGUCACGCUGUUCUUGUCCCGGGGGUCGGACGUGAGUUUGAAGAACCGCGAGGGCGAGACGCCGCUGGAGUGCUGCAGCCACAACUCCAAGGUGUGGAGCACUCUGCAGACCAGCCGCCGGCUCAAGGAGAGCAGGGGGAGAGCCACGCCAGCGGAGAAGCUCCUCAGCAGGGACAUAGCGCGAGGUUAUGAGUGUGUACCUGUUCCGUGCGUCAAUGCUGUUGACAGCGAGCCCUGUCCAGACAACUACAAAUACAUCCCCGACAACUGUGUUACAUCCCCAAUGAACAUUGACAAAAACAUUACACACUUACAGUAUUGUGUAUGCAAAGACGACUGUUCCUCAACCAACUGUAUGUGUGGACAACUCAGCUUGCGCUGUUGGUAUGACAAGGAGGGCCGCUUACUGCCAGAGUUUUGCGCUGAGGAACCGCCACUCAUCUUCGAGUGCAACCACGCCUGCUCGUGCUGGAGAACAUGCAAGAACCGCGUGGUGCAGAACGGACUACGGUUACGGCUGCAGCUGUUCAGGACCCGUGUGAUGGGCUGGGGGGUGAAGACCCUGCAGGACAUCCCCCAGGGCACAUUCGUAUGCGAAUAUGUUGGGGAAAUAAUUUCUGAUGCAGAGGCUGAUGUGAGGGAAAAUGACUCCUACUUGUUCAGCCUGGACAACAAGGUAGGGGAUGUGUACUGUAUAGACGCCCGUUUCUACGGCAACAUCAGCCGCUUCAUCAAUCACUUGUGUGAGCCGAACCUGUUCCCGUGCCGCGUGUUCACCUCGCACCAGGACCUGCGCUUCCCCCGCGUGGCCUUCUACGCCAGUAAGAACAUCCGCGCUGGAGAAGAGCUGGGCUUUGACUACGGUGACCACUUCUGGGACAUUAAGGGCAAGGACUUCAGCUGCCAGUGUGGCUCCACCAAGUGCAAGUACUCUGCCACGGCCACAGCCCACAGGCAGGCGGACAGCACCCCCGAGCAGCAGCCCAGUGCCCUGCCCGACACCAGCUCCUCCACCACCCCCUCCAGCCCCUCCUGAUCCUGCCCACGCACAAGGUGCCCUCUGCCUGGGCACACAUCCGCCAUCACUGCCCCCACCAUCCACUCCACCUGAGCACCACCCUCUACCAGCCAAACUCCACUGAACUCGUUCACCCACCCUUCCACACCAGCAUCGAGGAACACAAAAACGCACACGUGAACCCCUUCCCCCUCCCCCUCCCCCUCCCCGCCCGUACCCACGUUGGACCUAAUGUCAGUCAUGCCAGCCGUAUUUUGCUGGGGUUCUGUACAGAGCGCCGUGACUCUCUGAUAGUUAAAAACAUUAUGCAUUUGGGUCAGAAAGUGUUUUCAGUGGCUGCGUCUAAAAGACCGCUGGAUGGAUGACAGAGCUUUGGGUCACGGGAUACGAAUAGUGUGUAAAAAAUAAAAGCCUUCUCUUUUUAUUCUAAUUUGUUUUUAAAUCUGUAAGUGUUCUUUUUUUUAUUAUUAUUAUCCUUCAACCAUAAUUUCUCUGCCACCCCUGAAGCCUUCUGGGGAAUCGAGUAAGACGCUGCUGGAUCUGUUGUGAAUACAAAACUACAAACAGUGCAAUUGCGAGAGUGACUGCAUGACUUGUGCCCACGAUGCAUCCACAGCAUGUCAUCUAGUACCACUCGGUCUUCUGAGAGCGUUUUGUCAAUCACCGGACGUCCACACACAAUUGAGCUGAACCAGUCAUGGAUCUCAAGUGGGAGGUGCAGUCAUCCACACCUGUACGGAGCAAGAUGUCGCUAUGUGGAAAUAAAGUCGGACGAACUUGUGGUGAAAUGAAUGCAACAGAAGCUCUGAUAGACAGCAGUGUCUCAGGGGCCAUGCAAAUUUGUCUUGUGCAACCGUUUCCUUUUUUUCAUGAAAUGUCUCAAUAAGUUCUAUUACAUUUGUUGCAGUUUGCUGCGACAACACGCCUGUCCCAUCGACGGGAUUGUCAUGAUUACUCCUGAAGGUCACGGCCCAUUAAAGCCAACCAGCUAUCCUCUUGAAAAACAGGGUGGCGCUGGUCUACUCUGCUGACAUGAGCUCUAAUUGUGGAGUGGACAGGCUUCUUAUUUGAUCAGCUUCUCGCUCAAAGUGCUGGUCCUCUCGCAUGUAUCUGUCUUGGAAAAGAUUGGGAGUGUUGACACACUGCACUCUUGUGUAUAGGACAAAUUGAAAAGGGGGGGGGGGCUGCGUUUAUCAAUAUUAUUUCACUUUUAAUGUUCAGUUUAAUGACAAGAUGGCAUGUUUACUGAACACUUGCAAAAGAAAGCCGAACAUUCGUAUCGCUGCAAGAAACCAGGAGGGUUGUUAGAGGGACACACAUGGACAGAGAAAAUGGUGCUGAAAAAGUUUUUUUUUUUUGUUCUUUUUAUUUUGUAUUGCUCACAAGAAGUGAAUAUGAGUUGUAAAAUAAGAUGAAGUCUUUCUAGUUUUUUUUUUUUUUUUUUUUUUACAUAUAAAUUUACCUCCCAGUUUUUUAACUGUAUUAGCUGUAGUUAGCCAGUAUCAUUUCCGUUUCAUGACUUCACGUGGCUGGUCAAUCUAUUAUUCUGUCUUUUUAAAUGUGCAUAGUAUAGUAUUGUCCCUUGUGCAAAUUCUCAGAGAUGUAAGUACAAAAAAAUAAAAAAUAAUACUUUUUCUUUAUGUUACAUAAUUCUGGAUAGUGAAACUUACGAUGCUCCAUGCUUGGUUGUAUUUUUUUUUUUUUUUCAAUAAAUUUACUACUGAUAAAAGGA